GGCCGAAUACGCUCGUACCGCGAUGUCUCGUCGAAGCUGAUAUUCUACGACAUUGUGCGGGACCAGCGCAAGAUCCAGUGCGUGGCGAGCCACGCGCGCGUCGGCGGCGAGCGCGAAGACUUCUACGACGGCAACACCUCGCUGCGCAUCGGCGACAUCGUCUCGAUCACCGGCUUCCCCGGCCGCAGCGACACCGGCGAGCUCUCCAUCUACGCCACGUCCCUCCCCCGCCUCCUCGCACCUUGCCUCCACCAGCUCCCGGACUCCCUCGAUAACCCCGAAAAACUCAAGCAGAACCGCCACCUCGACCUCCUCGUCCACCCGCAGCCCGCUCACACCCUCAAGCUCCGCUCCCGCAUCAUCCAGCAGGUGCGCAAGCACCUGACCUCGCAGGACUUCACCGAGGUCCAAACCCCGAUCUUAUCCUACUCGGCUGGCGGCGCGAUCGCCAAACCCUUCCUAACAACCGCGUCCUCCACACACCAACCCCUCGCCCUCCGCAUCGCGCCCGAACUCUGGCUAAAGCGCCUGCUAAUCGGCGGACUCGACCGCGUCUUCGAGCUCGGCCCGCAAUUCCGCAACGAAGGCGUGGACUCCACCCACAACCCCGAGUUCACGACCUGCGAGCUCUACAUCAGCUUCGGUCGUCUGGACGACGUGAUAACUUUGACGGAGGAGCUCCUCGCGUCGCUCGAGCGACUGACACGACAACUCACCGCUCCGGGCGCGGCUUGCGCCUCCCUCCCCCCCCUCGACCCCGACCUCGCAAACGCCUUCGCUAAGUCCUUCCCGCGGCUGGAAUUUAUCCCCACGCUUGAGACCGCGCUCGGAGAACCCCUGCCCGUCCUCGACGGGCGCGCGGAUAAGGCCGUCGCGGCGGACCUGCACGCGCUCGCGGCGCGCCAUGGCGUGCCCACCAACCCCACCGCCUCGCCGGCGAAGAUCCUCGAUAAGCUUGCAAGUGCGUUUAUCGAGCCGCUGUGCUAUAACCCCACGUGGAUCAUUCAUCAUCCCGAGUGCAUGGCGCCGCUCGCGAAGUCAAGGGUCAGGGGCGGAAGACGCGUCUCUGUCCGUGUCGAACUGUUUGUUAAGGAGUGGGAGCUGGUUAAUGCCUACGAGGAGGAGAAUUCGCCGUGGGAGCAGAGGCGGAAGCUCGUACGGCAGGCGGGGGAGGCAGGGGGUGUCAAGAAGGGCGCAGAGGGGGAGGACGUCAUGGACCUCGACGAGAAGUACUGCGAAGCGCUGGAGUGGGGACUACCGCCGACGGCGGGCUGGGGCAUGGGCAUCGACCGGCUCAUCAUGCUGUUUAGCGGGCAGGAGAAGAUUACGGACGUGAUGGCGUUCGGCGGGCUGCGGGGGGCGGCGCUGCAGGGGAGUAAGAAGCCGCUUGGCGGCGGCGGCGGCGGCGCGGGGAAGAGGAGGGAGCGGGAGCAGGAGAUGAAAAAGCGCAUGGCGGAACAGAAGGGAUUGGACACGCAGGACGGUGAUGAUGUGCUGCAGAUGGUUAGGGAGCUGGCGGAGAGUCUGAAGGACGGGAGGAGCGAGAAGUGA